ACAAGCCCACUUAGUUAUCAUCUCAUGAUUUUUUUUAUACAGAUCACAAUUUGUAGUUCCCUAUACUGUUGUUGGUGCAGUAGAAUGAAGGAGACAAUCAGGUGUUGCAUCGCUUGCAUUCUACCGUGUGGAGCUCUUGACGUGAUCAGAAUCGUUCAUUCAAACGGACACGUGGAGGAGAUCAGUGGCACGAUCACCGCCAGAGAAAUCAUGAAGGCUCACCCGAAGCACGUACUCAAGAAACCAUCUUCUCCACCGUCAGAUCACGACGAGGGUGACGUCAUCUCAGCCACAAAGAUCGUCAUCGUCCCUCCCGAAGCUGAGCUCCAACGUGGCAAGAUUUAUUUCCUCAUGCCUGCUACUAAAUCUGAUAAACACGCCGGCGGAGGAAAGAUCCGCCGGGAAAAAAGUAACGCAAUAAACGCCGCCGUCAAGAAACGGUCACAGAAUCGCCGGCAACAUCGUGACGGUGAUGAGAAAUGUAACGGCGAAAAUAAUGACGUUAAAGAUAUAAACUACGAGAAGGAUUUAUUGAUCUCGUCUGAUCGAUACUUGACGGAGAUAUUAUCGGAGAAAGUGGCGACGCAAAAAGAUCGGAGGAAAGGACGCGUCGGCGUUUGGAGGCCGCACUUAGAAAGCAUAUCGGAGAUCAUAAGUGAAGAUUGAGAAAACGGCAUCGUUUUUGUGGAUUUCUUGAUAGUAACAAUAGCUUCUUUUUUUCACCUUCAUUUUUUUUUUUAACUAUCGGCGGCAGUUGUGCAUUUCAAUGAAAAUAUUCACGAAAA